AUGGUGUUUUCUAGUUCCAAGUUUGAGUCCCUUUCAGUACGACCGCCAACACCGCCCAGGGAAAUCGACUACGCCGACCCAAACGCCGACGAAGUCCUGGAUUUCCUCAAAGACCCUUUUGGCACGAAAGAGCCCGUUGCCAAAGUAAUUGCGGCCAAAACACUCUUGAAUACGCCCCAGACCUCGCCGUCUUCCGAGAGCGGUAUCCCAUCGAGCUCCGCACGAUCCUCUAGUAGGAAGAAGAAGGUCAAUUUUGAGGCACAGCUAGGCACGACAAAUGGCAACGCCAUAUCCUCACAGUCUUUCAUACCGCUCCAAAGCUCGCCCCUGCGACCUUUGCCCCAGACACGCGUUUCGAAGCCGCUCAAAUCUAUCCUCAAGCCGUCCGACGCCGUCUCCACACCACCGCCCGCAGACCAAGACACACCAACACACAAUAAGUCGUUCGCCGAGAUGCUUGAAUCUGUCAUGAAGCAACUGGCUUCGCAGACUCGAUCCAAUCGUUUCGACGGCUAUCACUCGCUCCAGCGCACCAUGCAAGCAUACGAGAAGGUGCCAGACCCACAGGCCCUGGUUGACAAGAUGGGCCUUAUGACACAGUUUAUAAAGAGGGACAUGUAUGCCACUGGCGUCAAUGGCACCGGUCUGGAUUCACAGCUCCUCCAACAGGCCUUGAAGUUUCUCAUGGCUUUGAUUCGUAUACAAGAGGCCAGGCCUGCUAUGCCAGAUGAGUUCUGCAACUUCGUUGUUGACCGGAUCAUUCAAGUGGCUGCGGAUGGCACCCUGCCCAAAAUGGUAAUCAACACGCACUUGGCGGUGCUAAUGCAGCAGAACUUCCGCCCCAGGACCAUGACACCCGCACGAGUAGAGCGGAUCUUGGACGUGUUAGAUACGAUAGAAGACCGUGUUUCUGGACUGUCCGUCUUAGCAUACCGUGUCCGAAUUUUCAGGAAAUUGAUCCAGCAACGACCGGAAGUAAUGUCAAAGCAUACCGAGCGAUGGUUCAAGCACACCGUGAAAGCCUUGCUUUCAACCCAGAAAGAUAUCAAUCAAAGCGCUCUUGACACUAUCAUCUCAGCUGCCAAAGCUUUUGGCAACGAUCGGCAAGUCACCAAAUCCGUUCUUACCGUGAUGAACAAGGUCAGAAACGAUGGAGGAACUUAUGGGAUGGUCAAGGAAUUGCAAAGGAUGCUAGGCUCUGAUAAUGCUGCAAUGGCGCCCCAGGUCUGGUCGGCUGUGACGUCGUUGCUCCCCGGCUGUCUCGAUGGAGGCCAGUUCUCCGCCAUAGGUGAAUGGCUGAAAGUGUUUCAGAUGUUCUUCAACUCUGCUAAGGAGGAUGUUAAGAUACACGCCAAUGUUGCUCUGGGCUUUCUUGCAUAUGCAGUACAAUUGACGGAGAACACGACACCUGCAUUUUCAAAGAUACUCGUCAGGGUUCCUCACUCUCAACUUGAGAACCAGCGCGGCAAGAAACCGGAACGGGACGCAGCGACGUCUGCCUACUUUGCUUUAUUAUAUCAUGCCUUUGGACCUGCCGCGACACAUAAGCAACUAGAUCGAUACUGGUUGGAAUUUGUUGCCGAUUUCUGGGGACCGCUUUUGCAUCCAUCGUCGACUGGUCACUCGUCCCCAAAGCACGCAUUUGCUGCCUGUCGGGUCGCGUCAGCUUUGUUUAACGGCAACCGAAAGUCAUGCGACCCACAGCGGACCCUAGACUUACGACCACAGGCCAUGCUGCAGCUCCAAGAUCUACCGACCCUAGAUCCUAAAUGGGUACGAAAGUCACUUCCUUCAAUUCUGGAAUUUGUGGAGACACUCUUGGAUGCGACCCCCUGGACCGCCGACGAUUGCAAAGAUGAGCCAGCGAAGACAAUGUGGCUCUCCCUAUUGCAUUCGUUGAACAUUGCAAGCAGCCAAGAGGUCAUGGUCUCCAAUGAUUCCAAAGAUGCAAUGGCAUACAUGGUCAACUUUCUCCGCCGUGUCUGGGACGGUCAUGCUGCGCAGCUGGCUCUAUCGCAACAAAAAGAAGACAGCUGGGCCGACAAGUACUGCUUCUUGUUGGAAAUGGUCCUCGAGAAGCUCGGUGCGGUGCGGUUCUCCGACAAGUGCCUUACACGUAACGGACAAGACGACUUUGAAGCUGCUGCGACACCCUCCCAACGUUCUCGACAACAUGGUCCUCGAACAUCACCACUUCUCUACUUCGUCGAUCUAUUGAUCAACCAGUCUGAGGGCAAGCUAUCCGACUCUUUGAGGCUGCGAGCAUUGAAGGUACUGAUCAAACCAUGUUUCGAUGCCCAAAACACUCGCUUGAGCGGGCUGGAGUUACUUCGCGACUGCUCCACUCUUGUCGAUGCAUCCACACGAACCCCUCUUUCUGACAGCUUCUGGUCGGAAGCCUGUGUUUUAUUGACGGCUUGCCUCGAAAAGAACUCAUCGGAUGUGAAGGAGCAAAGUUCUCGACAACUAGGUAAAGAGUACGAUGUCGUUGUCGAAAUCCUCUCCUUAGGUUUCCCGUAUCUGUCGAAAGAACCUUCGGGGGAGCAGCUUCUUAGAUCUUUUGCGGACACGGUCCGACGAGAAGCUGGCGACGGUGCUGUGGUCCUUGUUGUUGUCGAAAAGGUUUCCGAGAGUGUCUUGAAGCGCACUGGUGCAGAACUCCAGGACAUUUGCAUGCCAUUUCUCAGCGUCAUACUCCGCAAUCUCCCCGUAUCAAUUGCCCGUAGGAUCGUUGAACAGGGCCGCCAAAAUCUUUGGCCGUCGUCUGCCACCUCGGGAAGAACCGCUGAUUUCGAUCCAUACAAUCACCUAUACGAUGUAAUAGUGUCUGUCGGGUCUACGGCAUAUCAAAAAAUCAACGCGAGCGAUGCGCCUAUGACCGGCAAUUUCCUGGAAGCGUUGGCGACCUCAGUGCGACAGUGCCCACCAUCCUUAAUCGCAGUUUAUCUGCGGAAGACUCAGGAGACCAUACGUUGGUGGGUUGAAGACCCUGAGAAGAAAUUACAGUUGAAAACAGCAUGGAGCAAGGCUCUAUAUACCUCGGUGUUGCAUCUGUGGGAAGAGGUUUGUGCUGCUAUGCAUAAAUUGCCACGAAACAACGGUCAGGUUCUCCUACACCUAGAUCCCCUGAUUACCAGUGGCUUCGUUAGUCGGAGGCGUGAGAUAGUCGACUCAUCGAUCGCCGCAUGGAAUGCGACAUUUGGAAGAGAAAAGUCACUGCGCUACCCAUUGCGUCUUGAAGAAGCGUUGCGUCGACUGCGCAGUACAGUUGAACUAUCUUUGCCCGGUCUUGAAAUACGGGACGGCGACGACGAUAUUGCACCUUCGUUCUAUGAUUCCGACGGCAACACCAAUGCAUCCGAGCCCAAGAGGCGGACACCCCGGGUAAAAGAAACUCCCUUCAAGAUUGUGAAAUCAUCCCGGAAAUCUCGAUCCAAGUCUCGGUCUCCUAUGGUUCCGAGCACUGCUAAGAAGGUCUCCACUGGACGCACACUCAAAGGUCGUCUUCGUCAUGAAAAUUCGCAAGUCCAAUUCGAACCUAUCGUUUCUUCUCCCUCAAAUCCGUACAACCAGGAAUCUCAAAUCCUGACAGAGCGCCAGCGGGAAGUGUACGAACGACAGAUGCGCUCCUCAAAUGUAUAUGAGGAUAUGCGUUCCGUGUCACCUCCACCAGAGCAAAUCGCGCUCGCGCGUUCACCACUUGAAUUCCAUUCCGAUGCCAUGAGUGCUGACGGUCUGCCGAUAGAGGCAUCACGGACUCCCCUAAGGAAUGUACGAGCUUUGGGGGAGAUGGAGGUCUUUGUGGGUUCAUCGCCGACUCCACAAGCGCGUACCCGUUCUCAGGAGGUAGUGAGCGAGCGCACUAGUAUGGCUACACCCAUCGCUAUACGCACAGUUCAGUCUGCCCAUGCUAUCGACGAAUUAGGCUCGUCACCGCCACGGUUCGAGAAGGAUAAUCGACCUAUUGUCCAUGGAUCCCAACUUCGAGAUGAUGUGGAGGGCUUCGGUGGCAACUUAGACGAGGACGGUCGAUAUGGAGCACAGUCCAUGUCUUUCGACGAUGGAACGACCAUCGAUGAGGACGCUUUCCUGACAGGGACCCCCGAUGAGGAUCCUGACCAGGUAGAGGAGCAGGCGACCGAGAUCGACGCAACCGAUAUGCCUAGCUCAACCCUGGAUCUGCAAUUGACUGCGCAGCUGGACGCUGAGAUACAAGCACAGAAGGAUGCUGCUGCCAUCAAAACGUCAUCCCAACUACUCCCUCGAAAAGAUGAAGACACCGAUGUUGACCUACCAGUAACUGAUAGUCUACAAUCCAACACGGAUACGACUAGUACUAGCCGAGUGGAAGACUCUUUCUCUAGCCUGGCAGCAGAACCCGAAAGCUCGCAAAUACGGAAUCUUCGCCGUUCUCAGCGCCAUCCAUCAGCAUCGAGUCCCCAGUCAGCCAAUUCGAAGAAGCGCAAAUCAUCUUCAGCCAGGGGUCCCGGCAGGCCUAGGAAGAAUCAGACCGAAGAAACCAAAGACAACGAUGUGACCACAACGCGCCAAGAAGGGAUGACCUCAGGGAUCAAGUCUACACCAUCUGCGACGCCUGCCGGCUACACUCUCGUUGUUCCUGACACGACACGUAACCGAAGUGUCCGCCGCUCAGCUUCAUUGCUCAGUCAGGUCGAAAAUCAACCCGAGGACGUGGUCGUGGAGGACACCCCAGCGACCAAACGAGCACGUCGAAGCAUCGACAAGGACGUGAGCGAAGCUAAGCAGAGUACACCUUCUGCUUCUCAACAGUUGAAGACGAAGCGCCUCAGUCAUGUCCAAGUCACACCUCGACAUUUUGAUGCUCCAUCUCCGGGUCGUAGCUCGUCUGCUGCGUUGGAAGACGUCGAUAUGCAACAACCGGCGAAUGAACCGGCUCCUACUUCAGAAGCAUCGCUCGAGGUGGGCGAGCAGAAUGCAAACGUUACACCACAGCUAGCAAACGCAACACCUGCCGCUAGUCGAAUGCGAGAUAGCCAGCCAAAACUAGCGUCCAACAGCGUGGCUACACCUAGCCGUUCCUUCGCGGAGCGCGUCAUUCUUACCCCGCGAAGCAUUAUUGACAGACUCAAAGCAUUCAAGGAUGCGCUAUUUGGGGCGCCUCAGUUAGCGCUCAACAGACAGGAGCACCGAGAAGUCGACGAUCUGAUGUUCGACAUCAGGAUGGCCGUCCACGAUGCCGGGAAACGGGGGGACGAACCAAGCCAGUAG